GACCCUUCUUAGCGGGGACGCCGCCUUCAAGAACCGCAGGAGAACACCGCCUUUUGGGAGCUGCCGCGACAGAGCAGAGCAGCAGAAAAAGGGGGAAAAAAAAUCCCGCAGGGUAAAGCAAGGGCAAGGUUAUGGACUACCGAAACAAGCUUGUUCUUGCUCCUAUGGUUCGGGUGGGCACACUGCCAUUUAGGUUAUUGGCUGCUCAAUAUGGUGCAGAUAUAACUUAUGGAGAGGAAAUAAUAGAUCAUAAAAUCGUGAAGUGUGAACGCCACGUAAAUGAGUCUCUUGGAGCCAUUGAUUUUGUAGAGAGAGGAACGAACAAUGUUGUUUUCAGAACUUGUUGUGAGGAAAAGGACAGGGUUGUAUUUCAGAUGGGCACUGCAAAUGCCGUGAGGGCUCUAACUGCUGCUCAAAUAGUGUCCAAAGAUGUAGCUGUUGUAGACAUCAACAUGGGUUGCCCCAAGUCCUUCUCUAUCAGCGGAGGAAUGGGUGCUGCAUUACUCUCUAAUCCAGAACUUAUUCAUGAUAUUUUGACUACGUUAAGGAGGAAUUUGGACACAGAAGUAACAUGUAAGAUUCGUCUUCUCAAUUCAUCUCAAGAUACAGUAGAAUUAGCGCGGCGAAUUGAAAAGACUGGUGUUUCAGCUCUGGCCGUUCAUGGAAGAAGAGUUAAAGAUAGACCAAGGGAUCCUGCAAAGUGGAAUGAGAUUGCUGAUGUUGUAGCAUCAUUAUCUAUACCUGUUAUAGCUAAUGGUGACGUCUUUGAGUAUGAAGAUUUUGGACGGAUUAAAGAUGCUACAGGUGCUGCAUCAGUCAUGGUGGCUAGAGGUGCACUAUGGAAUGCAUCAAUUUUCUGUGCCAAAGGCAAAUCAUCCUGGGAAGAUGUCAAGAGAGAGUAUGUAAGAAAGUGCACCUUGUGGGACAAUGAUAUUAAAAGCACAAAGCACACUUUGAAGGAGAUGAUAAUUCAUUACUCUUCCCUCGAACUCUCCGAAGGAAAAGCUGUAAUUAAAUCUGAGACAACAGCAGACUUGGCGAUCUCAACACGAGGAAAACAAUUGGCGGUGGUGUUAAGGUGGAUGGAGUUUACUUCCUUGCUAGUCUUCGGGUAGUCUUGAAUGUGAAGCUUGCCAGUUAGAAAAGUAUCACAGAGUGUCCUUUCCUUCUGCUA